CCAAAAGAGAGAGAAGUACACAACAAUAAAGGUAUCCAGAGCCUGACCGCCGAAAACAAAGCCCUAAAAGAUUUUCAACUGCCGUCUCUCGCUCUCAUCACACACUCCGUCCGUCAUUGACACAAAUCUGAGAUCUUAUCGUGGGUUGCGCUAAUGGAAGACGACGAUUUUGGCGGCGAUUUCUCCGCUACUAACGCCGCCAGAGCUUCAGGUAGUAAAAGAAGUUUCGGUGAUCUUGAAGACGAUGAAGAUGAUAUCUUCGGAUCCAAAAAGGGUCGUACGAAAGCGGAGGAAGCUGCCCCUGGUGUUGCAACUGGGAUGAUCCUCUCACUCCGAGAGAGUCUUCAAAACUGUAAAGAUGAUCUUGCUUCAUCUCAGGUAUUACUCUUAUCUAUUUAUUUCUUUACUGUUUCACUCUAUUGUAUUGUAUCUAACAAUCAUCUGUUUUGGGGUCAGAAUGAGCUAGAAUCAGCAAAAGCAGAGAUCCUCAAGUGGAAAUCAGCGUUUCAGAACGAGUCUUUCAUACCAGCUGGCAAAUCUCCUGAGCCUAGAUUUUUGAUUGACUACAUCCAAAAUCUAAAAUCUUCCGAGAGAUCUUUGAAAGAACAGUUGGAAAUUGCAAAGAGAAAAGAAGCUUCAUACAUUGUACAAUAUGCCAAACGGGAACAGGAAAUGGCUGAGUUGAAGUCUGCUGUUCGCGAUUUGAAAUCUCAGCUCAAGCCGGCAUCAAUGCAGGCAAGGAGGCUGUUACUGGAUCCAGCUAUUCAUGAAGAAUUUUCACGUCUGAAGAAUCUAGUUGAGGAAAAAGACAAGAGGGUCAAGGAACUACAGGAUAGUCUUACAGCGUUUACAUUUACCCCUCUGAGCUUAAAGGGCAAGAUGCUUAUGGAAAAGUGCAAAACCCUGCAAGAGGAAAACGAGGAGAUUGGUCACCAAGCUGCCGAAGGAAAGAUUCAUGAACUAGCAAUGAAGCUAUCAAUGCAGAAGUCUCAGAACGCAGAACUUAGAAAGCAAUUUGAAGGACUGUACAAACACAUGGACGAACUAACUAACGAUGUUGAGAGAUCAAACGAAACGGUGAUAAUAUUGCAAGACAAAUUGGAAGAGAAAGACAAGGAGCUAGAGAGAGUAAAGAAAGGGAUGGAGGUUGUUGUUUCUGAUGUUGCUGAAAAGAAAGAUGAUGGUGGUGAAGAUAAAGAUCCAAAAUACUCGGCUCUCCAACCGACGUUCAAUUCUAUACAAUUUGAAAGAUAAUUGCAAUUGUAUUCAUUCACGUCCACAUACUCUCUUUAUAUUUUCAGAGUGUUUUCUGAUAAAUGCAUGAAAACAUUAGUUUCCAUUAGUAGUAGGCUUUGUUCCCUUUA